AUGGCAAGAGCAGCGGCGGCGGAGGCCUUCUCGCAGCGCCUGGGCGCGGCCGUGCGCGGCCUCUCCGGCGCCUGGUACAGCCGUCAUAUGGCCGCCGCCGACCGCGCCAUCCGCGCCCGACUCCCCCUUGUUGACCUCGUCCUCGAGGUCCGCGACGCCCGCGUACGUUCGCCGCCACUGCCACCGUCCUUCUCGCUACUCUACUCUCCACCUUUCAGACGAGACGGGAUUCGACUAACAACUCACAAGCUCGUGGAUUCUCCCUCUCCCUCGCAGGUACCCGCCACCUCAGCGUUUGAGCUUCUCCACCGCCGCUCCCCGUGGGAGCCCGAUGUGCGUCGGCUCGUCGCGCUCAACAAGGCCGACCUGGCUGAUCCGUCCGAAACCGAGAAGUGGGUGGCGUUCAUGAAGCAAAGGGGCUGCUCGUGCAUCGCGGUCAAUUCACACAGCAGGGAAAGCAUCAAUGAGCUGUUGAAUGCUGUGCGUGGGAGGAUCAGGGAGAUCAAGCUUGGGGUGAGCGACUGCACAGGGACUGUUCUCUUGGUCGGUAUCCCUAAUGUUGGCAAGUCGGCCAUCAUCAAUACGAUGCAUCAAAUUGGAAGGAUUGGGGCAGCAGAGAAGGGAAAGCUCAAGCAUGCGAUUGUCAGCAGCCAUCCCGGAGAAACCAGAGAUAUAAGUGGCUACAAGGUUGCCAGUCAUCCAAAUAUAUAUGUGUUAGACACUCCUGGUGUUCUAUCUCCUAUAUUUGCGAAUGAUGAAUCCGGUCCCAGGCUAGUUUUGACAGGAGCAAUUAAGGAUUCCUUGUUAGAGGAGUAUGAGAUUGCACAAUUCCUUCUUACAGUUUUUAACUUAAGGACGGAAUGCAGUGAGUGGGAGAACCUGAAUCUAGACGGAGAUAAAUCUUCUUUUGCUGAUGCAAUUCCCACCAGGAGUUGCCAUACUAAAAGGCAGUAUUCCUCAGAUCAUACCCAGGAUUUUAUCGUUAGAGCCGUUCGUCAAGCGCUUUCCGAGACCAUAGCAUCUUUUCAGGGAGAUUUAGGAAAUGAGAACGAUUUAAGAAGAUUGGUAGAAAUCCAGUUUACACACUUGCAGAAAGCUUUCAGGAUUUCUGCUGAAACAAUUGAGGAUAGGAAUAAACUUGUCGCUGUCAAAUUACUCAAUCUCUAUCGCACAGGAAGGCUUGGCCAUUAUACCUUGGACCAUGUUACAGAUGUUAGGCAGGAAGUAGCUGCAUAA